AUGGCAGAACUAGCUGGAAAGGUAGCUAUCGUGACAGGAUCAGCUCGAGGAAUAGGCGCUACUGUCGCAAUCGAACUCGCUCGAGCAGGAGCAAACGUUGUCGUCAACUACACAUCAACAUCAUCUGAAUCACUGGCAAAGCAAGUCGUAGACGAAUGUCAAACAUUUGGAUCUAAAGCUAUUGCAGUGAAGGCAGACAUUUCAAAAACAGGAGAAGGAAAAGAGCUCGUUGAAAAAUGCGUGAAAGCGUUUGGGAGACUUGAUAUUUUGGUCAACAAUGCCGCUCAAGGUUCUGGAGCUACAGGAGGCAAGCUGGUGGACCUUACAGAGGAAAAAUAUGACUGGGCUUUCGGCAUCAACACGAGGGCCCAAUUCUUCAUCUCUCAAGCUGCUGCUCGUGUGAUGAAAAACGGAGGCAGGAUUAUCAACUUUUCAACGGGUACGACAAAACUCUGUCCAGCCAAUACAUCACUCUACGCUGCCACAAAGAGCGCGGUGGAAUCAUUCACACGAGUAUGGGCCAACGAAUUGGGUGACCGACAAAUCACAGUCAACACCGUGUCUCCUGGUGCUGUCAACACGCUAAUGUUCCAAAAAUCUAACGAGGCAUCGGGAGGUCAUAUGCUCCAGAAUUCACUAAAUAACACCCCUCUGAAACGGAUUGCAGAAACAAUUGAUAUCGCACGUGCUGUUGUGUUCUUGGCUAGUGAACGAGGUGGUUGGAUUAAUGGUCAAAAUAUCUUGGUCAAUGGUGGUUCUGUAAAGAUGUAG